AAAAAAACAAUGGCGUCUCGUUUUCGCUCAUAACAAAAGAAAGAAACUUUUUUUUUUCUUUUUUGGGUCUUCGAACAGAGAAAGAGAGAAAUGGAAGGAGGAGGAGCUCAGUAUAAUCCUCGCACAGUUGAAGAAGUUUUUAGGGAUUUCAAAGGACGAAGAGCUGGCAUGAUCAAAGCUCUUACCACAGAUGUUGAAGAAUUUUAUCAGCAGUGUGAUCCUGAGAAAGAGAACCUAUGUUUGUAUGGCUUCCCAAGUGAACAAUGGGAAGUCAAUUUACCUGCUGAAGAGGUCCCUCCAGAACUACCAGAGCCUGCCUUGGGUAUUAACUUUGCAAGAGAUGGCAUGCAAGAAAAGGAUUGGCUAUCUUUAGUUGCGGUCCACAGCGAUGCAUGGCUACUUUCUGUUGCCUUCUAUUUUGGUGCAAGAUUUGGAUUUGAUAAAGCUGACAGGAAACGGCUUUUCAACAUGAUUAAUGAUCUUCCAACAAUAUUUGAAGUUGUAACCGGUGGUGUUGCCAAGAAACAAACAAAAGAGAAGUCAUUGGUUUCAAAUCAUAGUAGCAACAAAUCAAAAUCCAACUCAAAAGUGCGGGAAUCUCAGGCGAAGCAUUCAAAAGCAUCACAGCCAAAAGACGAAGAGCAAGGGUUGGACGAGGAAGACGAAGACGAGCUUGGAGAGACCUUGUGUGGGGCUUGUGGUGAGAACUAUGCCUCGGAUGAGUUCUGGAUUUGUUGUGAUGCAUGUGAGAAGUGGUUCCAUGGGAAGUGUGUGAAGAUCACUCCUGCUAGAGCCGAGCACAUUAAGCAGUACAAAUGCCCGUCGUGCAGCAACAAGAGAGCUCGCCCUUGAUGAUGUCGUAAAAAUGUACUCUCUCUCUCUGUCUAUUUGUACUUUUAGUCUUGGUGUAGUCUGCUAACUGUGGUAUUAGUUUGUGUCUUGUAUGAAGUAGAAUAGUGCAGCAUAUGAAUCGGUGGCUUUGGUUGGUGGUAGGAAAUCUGUGUUUUCAAAUGCUAUUUAUUGUAGUUCAGUGUAUGAUUAAAUUCCCUUGUGAAGCAUUGGGAAAUAUCUUUAUUUUGAGUAGGGAAUUGAAUUUGAAACCGUGUUAUGUUUUAAAGGUUUUCAUCUUUUCCAA